CGAAACUUUGAAAACUUGAAGAAUUGUGAGUAACGACGUCGAAUGAACGAUGAUACAAUGUUAAGUGGCUAAGCGGCAAACAAAGGGACAAAGAAGGGCAGGAGAGAAAGGGAUAGCGAGCGAUAGAAAAGCUAUAAUAAAGGACAUUAAAUCCUGGCAGGAGUACCAAUAAAAUGGCGCGAAGUUUGUCUGCAUAUUUAAAUCGCAAUGUGGACAACGAACAGUAUUAUCCAGCUCCACAUCAGUCACAGGCCCAUCAUCAUGAGCUGAUGCAUCAAUCCAGCCUGGCCGGCCAGUGCCAGCGCCACAAAGCCAAUGAAGUUUCGGUUAGCUUUGCAAAUCGUAAUGAGAAUCUGGGUAUGCUACAGCUUUCAAGACAACAGCAACAGCAGCAACAACAACAGCUGGCAGCUGCAACAUCAUCUAAUCAACAGCAGCAGCAGCAACAACAACAACAACACCAGCAGUAUCAAAACAUAACCCCCAAUCCUAACUGGCUGCCACCGCAAACUAAUAAAAGAGCCCCGGAAGAGAUUGAUGACCAAAGACAGAAUGCAGCAGCAGCAGCAGCAGCAACAACACUGCAUGGCUAUCGGCCGGAAAGCCAUCAAAUUUCCCAGCAAACAUCCUACAAUAGCUCAUCAGCCGCACAACAACAACAACAGCACCAGCAAUCUCUGCCUUAUUGCACCAAACACCCGGAGAAUUUCCUCAACAACUCACCGGCCAAUGAUAUCGGUGAUCUGAUGGGGAAUUAUGUGGCCAAGAAAACGUAUAUCACUCCCUUCGAUAUACCCUCCCCGCCACCGCAACCGGCUGAGCAUAAAAGAUUUUCAAGUGGCCAAUAUGUGGCAAAGGCAACAUGCCCCAGCGGCCCAGGGGAGGCAACAGCAACCUUGUCUGGCGGCAACAGCAACAUAAAGAGCCAUUGUCAGUGUGUGGAGCACAAUGUCAGGGGUAGCAGAAACGGUGGGGGUUGUCAUUUAAAUCAUAAACAUUAUCCGCAAACACAAACACAUCAAAGACCAGCAGCAGCAGGUACAAGCAACAGCAACAACAUCAACAACAGCAGUCUGACAACAUCAACCCAGCAGCAGCAUCGCAAUCAUCAUCACAGCCAUCAUUACAUUGAUGAGCCCCUCAACCGCACCGCCUCCCUCAAACACAACAAUCCAGCCGUUGGCCACCAUCAACAGUAUCCUCAUCACCAACACCACCAACAUCCUCCACCUCCACCUCCUCAUCAUCAGCAGCAUCAGCCACAAUAUCGGAAAAUUGAUGUUUUUGCUGCAGCCGAUGAUGACGACAACGACACCAGUCCCAGCAUAAAGGUACGUGCCAAAAGAGUUGCUAAUUUUUUGUUGUUGUAGUUUCCUCCUCCUCUAAACGCUAAUGAGUUUUUUUCUCGGUAAGUACGAGUGUUGUCUGAUGCCUGUAGGGUUGUUAUGACCAAAAAAAAAAAAAACAGAAAA